UUGAUUGUUGUUAAGUCAUAUAAAAUCGAGCUGCUGAAGCAAGUGGGAAAGGGUGGAGAAGUCAAGUUAAAAGUCGAGUACAGACUAACUCAACUGCUAAAACCUCUACCGGAGAAAAUCACCCAGAGGGAAAAUCAGUAUGUUGUGUACCACGGCAAUGCACACUAUGCAGCACCAUAUGCAGUUGAACAAGAGAAGACUAUAGUAAAACUUGGUUCCGGUAAAACACUAUCAGUAACCCAAGUGUCACCUACUACUCAAGAAAAUGAGAGAGUUGUCUAUGGUCCAUAUAAGAAUCAGCCAGCCUUCAAUAAGAAACACAUAAAAAUUCACUACGAGAACAAUGCUCCAUUUGUGGUCGCUACAGUAGUUGAGCGAACCAUUGAAAUUUCGCACUGGGGCAAUAUUGCUGUAGAGGAGUACAUCGAACUUGUGCACAAAGGAGCAGAACUUAAGGGACCAUUCUCCCGGAUUGACCAUCAGCUGGAUCGAAGGGGUCGACGACAGCCGGCUCUUUUGCACUUUACGGUAAGUUGUAGCUCUUUUAUGUAG